AUGAAAGGCCAGUUGGACGACUCGCUCAACCUAAGCCGCCCUCCUAGCCCAGAUGUCCACUCUAACCACUCGCAGCUGAAACACCAGACACAGCAACAAUACCUUCAUCAAUCACAACUACAGCAACAGAGCCGCCGGGGUCCUGGUAAAUCGGCGGGAAGUGGUAGUCUUACUGCUUACCCAAACGACCAUGUCAAUCAAGCGGUGGGGCUGGCUGGGAUCCAGAGGUCCAGUGGAACACCGAAGGAUAAAUGGGGCCUGGGAUCUACAGAAUUGGGAAAGCAGUCCACUAGAUAG